CUCUUCAGCACCAGCUCUGGUCACACCUCCAGCAUCCAAACAACAAUUCCGCAGGGCAGAGCAGCCCCCAAAAAGUGGACACAUCACCGAGAUCGCGAACGAGAUCUUGCUGACGUGCGACCAGAUGCAGAGCCCCGCCUUCGCGUAUCGGGAACUCGCAGAUCACUCGCCGCGCGCCAUGUACAUGCGCGACUGGCGGUCGGCCCUGCGGACGCCCACAUACCGGAUUGGGAAUAGGACGGUGCGCUUCAACUACCACUUCGCCCUGCUUAUCGCCUGCGCCCUCAUUCUGGCCCUGCUCUUCUACUUUUCGCGCCAGGGCUCGCACUCUUCCUCCUCCUCGGACGGCUACUGGCUGCGCAGGGGAUUCACGGAGGCCCGGAGUCUGGACAAUGGUGCGGUGGUCCAUGUCUACAAUGCCACAUAUCCACUGACGCCGCCCAUGGUGCUGCGUGGCGGGGUGAUCAACUACCGGAUAGCCAUGAUAGCCGACCUGGACACCAACUCCAAGGUGACCAAGAGCGACGGCAGCAUCACGUGGCGAAGCUACCUGAAGAAGGGCUACCUCACCUACACGGUGGCCAGGGCCGAGAUCCAGAUCAGUUGGGAUGAUGGGGCGCCCACGGUGCUGGAAUCUGCAUUUUCGCUGAAGGGUCGGGGUAUGGAGCUCUCCGAGCUGGUCACAUUUGACGGGCGCCUCCUCAGCUUCGACGAUCGCACGGGACUGAUAUACGAGAUUGUGAACGACAAGCCCAUUCCCUGGGUGAUCCUGCUCGAUGGCGACGGGCACAGUGCCAAGGGCUUCAAGUCCGAGUGGGCCACAGUGAAGCAGCAAACACUAUAUGUCGGCUCCAUGGGCAAGGAGUGGACGACAAGUGCGGGCGACUUUGAGAACAACAACCCCAUGUACGUAAAGGCAAUCUCGCCGUCCGGUGAGGUGCGGUCCCUCAACUGGGUGGACAACUUCAAGCAGCUGCGCCUGCAGUCGCAACAUACCUGGCCAGGCUACAUGAUCCACGAGAGUGCGUGGUCUGACGAAAAGCAUCGGUGGUUCUUCCUGCCCAGGCGCUGCUCUAAAGAAAAAUACAACGAAACCAAGGACGAGUACAUGGGCUGCAAUGUCCUGGUGUCCGCCGACGAAAGCUUUACGAAUAUCGACACCGUACGCCUUGAUCCUGAGAAUACGACGCCCACGCACGGCUUCUCGAGCUUCAAGUUCCUGCCCGGCACUGAUGACUCCAUUAUCGUGGCCCUCAAGUCGGAGGAGCUGAACGGCAAGACGGCCACCUUCAUAACAGCCUUUGACAUUACGGGCAAGACACUGCUGCCCGAGGUGCGGAUCGAAACGGAUUACAAGUACGAGGGAUUCGAGUUCAUUUAGCUCGUCAUCCCACGCCAUACCACCACACUCCACUCGACUUCGAUCCAGGUGCUCCAGUUUUAAGUGUGUACAUAAUGUAUUAAUGUCCCAUACGGUAAGCUUUAUAUUUAUAGUCAGCUAGGUUAGUCCAGAGAUGCUCAUCUGCCUCGUGACCCGUGACUCCAUAUCCCGUCUUGUACCAUAGCACAAAUCCAAUUUAGUUUAUUUUUAUUGAAAUUGAAAUAUAAAACGUACAAAGCCGGUGGCAAACUCAGAAA